GGAGGGGGAAGGACACACUUGACGCAGGGCAGAGAAGGCAUGCGUGGGGAUAUGGAGGCGGGAGGCAUGAGGUCCCGGCUGGACGCACUGUCGUCUGCAGCGCAUGGGCGUCCGGGGCGUGGGCGGAGUGCGGUGGGCGGACACGGGCCCUUUGUGUCGGCCAUGGGCAAGUGGCUCAUCACCACCCUCAUCGUGCGGUGGAAGCUUGUCCUCGGCCUGCUGGUUGCUGCCUACCCGGUCUAUGCCGGUGCCCGCCACGCAGUCUCCUCGGGCAUGCUCGACCAGGCCGUCGAUGGCCGCAUCAUGGUCGUCUACGCCCGCUGCGGGCUGUGGUCGGAGGACGACUGCGCAGGUAUGAUGUCCGAGUUCCACGCCAUGCUCGGCGCGCUCAAGUAUGCCGAACUUCACGGGGCAGCGGCUGUACGGCCGCACCUCGACACGCCGAUGUACCUCGACAAGGGCCGCGGCAACUCGUGGUGGUCGUACUUUUCACGCCCGACACCAUCUUCGCCGCCCGAGGUCCACCUCAACUCGUACGUCCGGCGCUAUGGACGACUUGGAGGGUUUGGCCACAUCGUGUACGGCUCCAAGGGCUACCUCUACCCGAUGACCCACGCGCUGGACCGGAAGGAGCUUUCGCGGCUGAUGACCAAGUACUUUGCGUUCCAGCCUGCGCUGCUGGCCAAGGUUGAUACCUUUGUCGACGACAACUUCCACUCCGACUUUGUACUCGGCGUCCACUACCGCGGCCUCGACACUGUCCAGCACUACCCGUACUACAAGAUCGAGUACGGAUACUUUUGGGACGAGAUGGCCCACGUCCUCGUCUCCCGCGGCCUCCCGCUGCCGCCCAAGGUCCACGCCCGCAGCAAAGCCUCGGCCGCCAUCGAAGGCUCGGGCGACGCAUCGGCGUACCCGUACUCGAUCUUUGUGGCCACUGACGAGGCCGAGUUCCUGGAGCAGACCCGCGAGCGGUUUGCCCCGGUCCCGGUUGUCGCCUCGGAAGCGCCGCGCAAGUCGAGCUCCGACACCGUUCCGCUGCACAAGGACCACUCGCUGGCCAACUACGUCAAGGGCGAGUCGGUCCUCAUCGACGCGCGCCUCCUCGCCGAGUGCUCAUACAUCAUCAAGGGCCGAUCCGGCGUCUCGGAAGCCUCGCUAGUGUUCAACCCCGAAGUGCCGUACUCGUUCUUCAUUUCGCGCACCGAGAUCUACCGUGACUCGAUGCCGUCAUCUGGCAAUCCGGAGCGGCUCGAGUUUGAGCCCAAGCCGUAGCUGCGGAUUCCCCCACUCCUCAGUUGACGAGCAGCUCGUGGCUCCGCCGCUGCCGCCGGCCGUGCCACACCAGCCGGCCGUGCAUGGUGCAGAGAGCGAGCGCCGCUGCGGCGACGACU